GACUUCAAAUAAAUUUCCACUUCGUCCGCAGCUCAUGAGGACCUGAACCAAGAGCCAACAGAUCUUCGGUGGAGCUGGGCUGGAUUCAGGGACUUGUGCGCGCGUAAUGACGCGCUGACUGACUGCUGGUUUUAAGACUGAAAUAAUGUGGGGACUGCACGUGCGUUUGGGGUCCUUUUUUAAAACCAGCUCACCCUCUCUGAAGGCACCAUGGAGAACCGUAACCUGCGUUCAUUCCGCACACCUCUCAUGACCGGUAGCUUCCAACAGGUCUCGGUGCGUCCUCAAGGAACUUUUCUCUUUUCUACCGACUCUUAGGAUGUGCUGUGUUUUACUCAGAUCCCUUGCGCACACUUAAAAGACGUUUUCCAGUAACAGUUAGACAUGCAGAGCCGCGGUUUGGUGAGAAACUCGGCCGCUCUGUCCACGGUGCGCUCCUGCCUGCUGCUGCUCUUCAUCCACAUGAGCGCUCCGGUGGAGGCGAAGAGAGUGGCCGGCGGCCGGGCGCAGACCCGCCGUGUGCAGCCGCAGCAGCAGCCUCCGGCGCACAGGGAGAGGGUGGAAGGAGCAGAGAGCUUCCCGUUAGACUUCACCGCCGUGGAGGGGAACAUGGACAACUUCAUGGUGCAGAUAAAGAACCUCGCGCAGUCACUGUACCCGUGCUCUGCGCAGAAACUGGAUCAAGACAUGAAGUUGCACUUUUUGAAAAAUGUUUCUGUGACUUGCAAUGACGGGUCACCUGCAGGGUACUACAUCAAGGAGUCUAAAGGCAGCAAGAGGUGGCUGCUGUUCUUGGAAGGCGGCUGGUACUGUUUCAACAGGCAGACCUGUGACAGCAGGUACGGGACAAUGAGGAGACUGAUGAGCUCCACCAAGUGGCCACAAACCAGAACAGGAACAGGAAUUCUGUCUCCUCAGCCAGAGGAAAACCCUCACUGGUGGAACGCCAACAUGGUGUUCAUCCCAUACUGCUCCAGUGAUGUGUGGAGUGGAGUCACACCGAAGACAGAUCACAGUGAUUAUGCGUUCAUGGGCUCUCUGAUCAUUAAGGAGGUGGUGAACGAGCUGCUGACAAAAGGUCUGGACAACGCCAAGGUUCUGCUCCUGGCAGGAAGCAGUGCGGGCGGUACAGGUGUCCUGGUGAACGUGGACCACGUGGCAGAGCAGCUGCAGUCUCAGGGCUACCAGGGAGUUCAGGUCAGGGGUCUGGCAGACUCCGGAUGGUUCCUGGACAACAAACAGUUCAAAUUCACAGACUGCCUGGAUACCAUCAGCUGUGCCCCAACUGAGGGCAUAAAGAAAGGCAUCAGGUACUGGGGCGGUUUGGUGCCAGAGAGCUGCAGACAGGCUCACGUGGGAGAGGAGUGGAACUGUUUCUUCGGGUAUAAAGUCUACCCCACGUUAAAAAGCCCGGUGUUCGUGGUGCAGUGGCUGUUUGACGAGGCCCAGCUGGCGGUCGACAACAUCCACCUGACCGAACACCCCGUCCACGAGGGCCAAUGGAGGUACAUACAGAACCUGGGACAGGAACUGAGGAGCACACUGCGCGACGUGCCGGCGAUGUUUGCUCCGGCCUGUCUGUCACAUGAACUCAUUACUAGAACCUACUGGAUGGACAUUCAGGUGAAAGGCACCUCCCUGCCCAGAGCCCUCCACUGCUGGGACCGCAGCCUCCAAGACAGCAACCACACCAACGGCAGUCACAGCAACCAAAAGCACAAGACUCCACCCAUAAGGGGUUGCCCUCUACAUUUGAUUGACAGCUGCCCGUGGCCACACUGCAAUCCCUCCUGCCCGACUAUUCGUGACCAGCUGACGGGACAGGAGAUGAGUGUGAUCCAGUUCCUGAAGCACAUGGGCUUUGACGUGCAGAAGAUGGCCAAGCAGCAGGGGAUGGACCCCAGGACGCUACUGGGCAUGCUCAACAACGGGAACUAAGUCGCUUUUCUUUUAAGUGCAGCAGUGUUAAUGUAAUGUCGGUGAGCUGUUCAGCAAAUAAAUGGAAGACAAGGAACAUGAAAACAGAACUCGAAUGAGAAAACUAUCAAUACCCUCAAAACACCGUCUUCCAUGAACGACAAACAAAACACAGCUUUUUAAAAGACUGAACAAAAAGUGCCUGAUUGUUGAGUCAAAUACAAUCAAACCCUAACUGUUGUAAUGGGAUCACAUGCUCUUUGUUUUAAGACAUAGACAGAUAUAUACUGUAUGUGUUUAUUUGUUAGGAUCCCCAUUAGCUGUGUCCUAAAGCACAGCUAGUCUUGCUGGGGUCCACACUGUAGAUAUGCUAUUAUUGUGAGGUGUACACAAAUACAUAAAACAGGUAGGUACAGUGUGUGUAUAUAUACAGUAAAUAUGUACCGUACAUCAUGUCUGUGCAGGUGAAACUGUCAUGGUGGUAGUUUUGAUGGGAAGGCACUGGACUGUUUUGUGGGGAUUUGGUGCUCUCUUCUGUCAAUUCUGACUAUUACAAUCAGAAAUCCAUCCAUGGUGCUGCUGUUUCUACCCUCCACCAAAUAUGCUGCUUUUUCUCAGUUUGGAAUUAUAAUUUAAUGGUUAAUAUUUACUAAUAAAAGGUACAAAGAGUAAGAUUAUUUCUUUGUUCUCCAGGCUA